AUGUCCAAGAUCCGAACAAGAUCGGACAUCGAGGAUUUCAACUCAGUACUCUCCGCAGUGACCCAGCUCGACAAAAUUGAUGAAUCCAACACCACAGCAUGGGAAAACUUUGAUCCAGAUUUGGAGGGCCAAUUGGACAUAAACUCCCUCAUCCUUGACUCGUUGAUUCAUCUGGUCACACACAAUGUCGAGCAGCUCCACUAUUAUGUGAAAAAUAUCAAAAUGAUUUGCGAAGCAGUUGCGAAACGUACAGAAGUUUCGGGACUUCCGAAUACAACCUGGUCCGACGUCGUGUCUGCACUGCAGUCCCCUAAAACCGUGGGGAAAAACAAUAAAGCAAAAUCCGAAAUUCUGGAUACCAUUCAAGAAUUCCAUCAGCGCAUACCUGAUGCUGCCGACACCUCGCCAUCAGUCACAUCGUAA